CGGCGGCGGGCGGUGACCCCGGGUGUGGCUGAGGCGCGAGAACCUACAUCUCCGCCCUGAGCCCCGGCGGGAACCACACCUGCUGGGACCCAGGGUCGCGGCUGCGGCGCGCGGGGGGGAAGGAAGGAAACCGCGGCGGUGGGGAUGGAGAGGGGGAAGGUGAAGGACAGGGGACAGUUGACAGAGAAGGAGAGAAGUAGGGAAAAGGUACUGGUAGAGAAGGAGCAAAGGAAGGAUGUGGAGAUGAAAAGCAAGAACUGGAGAGGGAAAGGGAAAGAGGAGAAAAGGAAGGCUGGAGAAGUGAAAAACAGGAACGGGAAAGAGGAGGACGAGAAAAAGAAAGUCGCAGAAAUGAAAAGCAGGGAGAACUGGAAAGAGAAAGGGGAGAGAAGGAAGAGUGUGGAGGUGAAAAGCGAGGAGAACGGGAAGGAGAAGGAACACACUGAAGAACAAGUCCAGGAGAGCAGCAACAGCAGCAGCGCCUUGAUAAGGACCCUGUCCCCGCCGCCGGAGAAAAAUAAGCAGAUCCUAGUACUGGGCCUGGAUGGAGCAGGAAAAACCAGUGUCCUCUACUCUCUGGCUUCCAACAGAGUACAGCACAGUGUGGAGCCAACCCAAGGUUUCAAUGCAGUUUGCAUCAAUGCUGAAGACAGGCAGAUGGAGUUCUUGGAGAUUGGUGGCAGUGAGCCUUUCCGCUCUUACUGGGAGAUAUACCUGUCUAAAGUAUGGCUGCUGGUCUUUGUGGUGGAUUCAGCUGAUCACAACCGAUUACCUGAAGCCAAGAAAUGCCUUCAUCAGCUAAUUGAACCAAACCCAGUCCUCCCUCUGAUUGUGUUUGCAAACAAACAGGAUCUUGAAGCAGCCUAUCGCAUUACAGAUAUCCAUGACGCUUUGGCAUUGUCUGAAGUGGGGAACAACAGGAAGCUGUUCUUAUUUGGAACCCAGGUGACUGAGAACGGUUCAGAGAUACCUUCCAUCAUGCAAGAUGCCAAAGACCUGAUUGCCCAUUUGGCUGCAAAUGUGUAGUAGCAGCCUGGCCCCGGCACAGCUCACCAUCAGACCAUCAACCAGGCAGUGCUGAGUGGCAAGC